GCCCUUUUCUUCGUACGCCACCUCCCCUUCCUCCUCAGCUCUCCAUCCUGGACGAAAAUCUGUCGCCUGUCUACAGGAGCGAAGUGGCCAUGAAUCACAGAGACAGCCUCGAGCUUCCCGCUACCAAGAUGCUUCCCAAACUCGUCCAGGACGAAGGUGAUCCACAGGAAUCACCAACACCCCGAUCAAGAGCACGGACUGGUAUCCCGCGGGCUAGAACCCUCAAUGUGCUCUCAAACCUGACGGCGUCCAUGUCCCGCACGUCCAUCGGCCUUGCAACCAGGAAUAGCCAACGCAAGUUGUCUAGGUCGUCAAGAAACACGUCAGGCUCAUCUACAACUACGCAAAAUAGUCUACUACCUCCUCUAGGUCCUGCUGGCGGCAGCAUGGCGUCGGGACUCGCCAUCUCGAUCCCCAACGCGAGCUUUGAGGAUCAUGGUGUUCCUGAGACACCACAUCGGGACCCAAGACACAUCUACACGGCACAGAGCUCAGAAUAUUGGUCAGGCCGUUUCAUGGCACUCAACGAUCGCUUCAUGAGUGAGAGCUUGCCAGAGGAGAUGUCUUCGUCACCAAGGCUGUGCGAGUCCACAGAACUGCAAGACUCACCGGCAGAGUCAGCCACAGACUCACUGACCGAGCUAGCGCCGUCCACGGAUCAUUCUUUCGAUGCCCAGCGACACCGAGGAUGUGAUCCAUGGAUUUCAUCAGGACCUCUUAGAACCACAUCACUGAUCUCUCACCCGGGCACGAUGCCAAAACUGCACAAUGAUCACAGGCUCACAUUGGAGGAGCCACAGGUACAAUAUGACCGGAGCAGCGACAUUUCAGAGGCACGCAGCCGAAGGCGAAACUUUUCUCGCGUGGCUGCACUGGAGGACGAAGACGAGCGCUUCAAGCGAGUGUUCCACUACCUCGAAGGCAUGUGCAAGACAUCUGAAGCACGCAAGAGCCUAUAUACUUAUCAGCAGGUAUUUGCUCGAAGGAUGAACAAGGAGCAUCUCCUGCCAUCAGGCAGAAGCAUGGAGGACCGCGGAUGGGUUGGACGCCUCCUCAGCAGCAGCUCCAGCGUCGGCAAGGGAUUCGUCCAUGCGAGCUCUUUCAGCCGUCGAAAGCGCAACAGUCUGAUUGUGUGAUCAUACCCAAGAUGUGGACAAUAUCGAGUACUCUGUUGUGCUCCCCUGUGUAUGAGAUAUGAUGUUAUUUUACAUGGUGCCGUUGUUGGCCUUGGAAUAGGGCGGGGCAUUGUAAGAAGUAACGUUUAAAUAGCUUCACCCGGGGGCCCAGGAGGCAGUUCAGAGUUUGUAGCGCUUACGAAAACUACACCAUGUAGAGACUAGGGCGGAUCACAUGUCUCUUUUUACCUUUCAAUGAUCCAAGCACAUGUUAAACCCAG